AUGAAUAUUUGCAAAAGAAAAAUUACUUACCUUCUUCAUCAAAGGAAAAAGUCACUUCACGAGUUCUUUCCUUUUCUUUUUAACAUUUAUUUUCAUUCUUUCCUCUUACGAGAUAGUCUUUCUUUUUCUCUCACAAGUGUUAAAAGAUUCCAACUUGUUUCUCUCUUUUUCUUUUUUACUUUCCUCCUUUCUUUCUUUCUUUCUUUCUUUCCUCCCUUCUUUCUUUCUUUCUUUCUUUCAACGCUUCUAUCCUCAUAUAUCUUGUUUCGUUUGUCCGUUUGUUUGUCUUUUCCUUCCUCCAUUCCUUCCUUCCUUCCUUCCUUCCUUCCUUCCUUCCUUCCUUCCAUCUAUCCAUCAUUUCUUCCUUUCUUUCAAUACUUAUUUUCUCAUAUAAUUUUACCUGUUUUAUUUGUUUGUCGCUUUCUUUCUGUCUUUAUUUAUAUAUUUCUUUCUUUCUUUCUUUCUUUCUUUCUUUCUUUCUUUCUUUCUUUCUUUCACUUUUUCUUUCUUUCUUUUUUCUUUCUUUCUUUAUUUCGCUUUUUCUUUUUUCUUUCUUUACUAUUUUUUAUUGAUUUCAUUGAUAUUUUUCACAAUACUCUCCUCUUCUCUCUCAAUUUACUCUCUUUCUCUUCUUUUUCUUCCUUCUGA